AUGAAGAAGACUCUUAGUGAAGUCGAACUAUUUGGCAUUACAAGUAUAACACAUUUGUCCAUAUUGAUAUAUCACUUAGUAUUCCCAAGGUAUGCAUUGUUUGAGUUUCUAUUUUCUAUCAUUCCAUUAUAUCUAACGAUUGCCUUUCCUAAUCAUUUGCACCUGAUUUACGCUUCAUUCUUUGCUGUAUUUGUUAUGUGCUUUCUGUUUACAAAAAUCCAAAAAUGGGGGCCUUGGAUGCCUACGCCUGUAUGGCCAGCCAGUAUAAUAGAUAAUCCAUCCUCGUCCGUAAAGCUUUCUAUUUCAGUGGUACAAGACGAUGAACCAUAUGCGUCUGUUGCAAUAGACAGAGUUCGACUUCUCAUAAUGGGCUGUGUUGCCAUUACCAUAUUCAUAUCAGACUUUUCUUUUUAUGAAGGAAGCAAACUGGGGAAAAGUAUGGGUAAUGGGCUCAAACUGAUGGACGUAGGCGUGGGUUCCUUUGUAUACAACGCCGGAUUCUUCUCUACAAAGGCAACCCCCCGGAGAAAAGUGCAAAAUGUACUAUCAUCUCUCUUUUUUGGAAUUCUAAGGUACUUAUCCAAAAAACUACUUGAUUUGGGUGUCAGUGAUACAGAGUUUGGGGUUCACUUGAAUUUCUUUCUGAUACUUGGAAUCUUGAAUCUGGCUUCAUUAUUCAUAAAUACACAGAUAGAUUUCUUGAUAGGAUUUGCUAUGUGUCUGCUUCAUGAAAUCCUCCUGAAAUUCUUCGGACUAGAAGAACUAAUAUAUACCACCAAAAGGUUAAAUAUAAUAACUGCGAACAUCGAGGGAAUUGCAUUUAUCUUGCCACAGAUGGGGAUGUUCCUCAUGGCCAGUGGAAUAUCAAAGGCCUUAUUCAAAAAGAAAAACCCGGGCAUCAUUGUGCUAUACAACAUUUUUUUCGUUACCAUAUUGUUAGGAACCCGUAUGUAUUCGAUGUCCUGCCGUAGAAUACACAACCUUUACUUCUGCAUGGUGAUAAUGCUUCUACAUACCACGCAAGGAAUUGCAUGUGGAGCAUCUAAUAAGAUCUUUAAAAUUAGAGAUCUCAAAAUACAUCGCUUUACAAGCAAGUAUUUGCUUUUUAUCCUGAUCUGGUCUAACUUACUUGUGGGGAUAAAUAAGUUGUUUCUUAAUCCUGCGACAAUGCCCAACUAUCUAGCACAUGGAUUUUGCAUCGCAUAUCUUGCUGUUGUGUUCUAUCUUCCAUACAUCGCUGUGAACAGAAAUGCUAUGAGAGAUUGCAAGCAAGUGAACAGUAAGAUUUUCUCGCCUGAACUCUGGAAUUAA